AUGCUAAAGCAACUACUUCAAGGGCAAGCUGAUGGGGUAGUGGACACAAGCAAGAAGCUAGCUGAAAUAAACUCUAAGAUCGAGAACCUCAACACAAGGGUUUACUCUCUGGAGAAUCAUGCUUCUUCUGUUGCUGCUGCUACAAAGCAAGGACAACUACCUGGUAAAGCUAUUCAGAACCCCAAGGAACAGUGCAAGGUCAUCUUCACUCAAGAAGGACUUGUUGAAGAAGAGGAUCAAGAAAGGGUCAUUGAAGAUUUUUGUUUACUGCUGAAUGAUGAAGAGAUUGUUGCUGCUGAGGCUCCUGGAGUCCAGAUUGAUCAACCAGAAGUGCAUGCACCUACUGUGGCCAUUCACACUUCACCAGUUGAGCUCGCACGACAAGCUCGAUCGGCAGCUCGAUCGAGUCCAACUCUAGCUCGAUCGAGUCCGACCUCUUCUGUCCGAAGCCUGUUUUGCUUGAUCCUUACCAACCGGUUGCCGCUUCCUCGUCUCGCCUACUUAGUCAAGGUCACAAGGAAGUGA